UAGCAAACCUCAGUCUCUAACAUUGACUUUUCGUACAGGUGGAAUUCCCAAGAAAAACAGUUAAAAAUGGGAAUCCAGGGAAACGCUGCACCAUCUCAAUAUAAUCAAAGAUCUAGAAAGAACAAGAAAUCAUGGAGAAAGCAUAUCGAUUUGGAAGAUGUCGAGGGUGGCCUUCAGGCUGCUGGGGAAGAGGAAAUACGAGGUGAUAAUUUGGCUAAAAAGUCUAAUGACGCUUUAUUCGUAGUCGAUACUUUGGGUGAUGAUCGUGUGGCCAAGAGAAGCAGGAAAAAGAUAAAACCCUUGAAGGUAGAUGAAAUUUUGCAAAACAAAUCUGCCAUUGGAGAGUUGUCUUCAAAGCCUAAGUCUAAUGGUUUUGGCUUAAGCAUGGACAACAAGGGCAAAGUAAUGUCAAAGAACGAGUUGAACCGUUUAAAGUCUUUGGUACACAGAAACCCCUUGGGACCUACGGCAUCAGCAGCAGCAGCUAGUCUGAAAUCUCAAGAAAAAGAACCAAUUGAAUAUGAUGUUUGGGAAAGCACGGCAGAAUCUACGAUUCCCGUAAAACGACCUUCUUCACUUUCUAAGGCGCCUGAAAAUCUUGCUGAUAAUGCCGAACUUGUUCCUAAUGUGGAAGUCGCUGAUCCAGGCAUGUCGUAUAAUCCUGAUGCUAAUGCAUGGAUGGGCCUUAUUGAUCGAAAGGGUUCAGGCGAGAUCAAAAAAGAAAAAGAACGUCUUCAUGAAAUUGAAGUUCAGAAGAUGAUUAGUUUAAAAAUGAACGAAGACAAAGGUCUAAUUUCAGACGAAAACGAGCGCUCUGGGGAUGAAGAAAAUACAACGGAAGCUGAAAAGCAGAUUGAGACUCACGGCAAGGUUGAACCUAAGCGUAAGACGAAAUCUCAGCGAAAUAAAGAGCGUAAAAGGAAGGAAGAACUUGCAAAGUUAGAAGCUGCGAAGAAGCAAGAGCAAUUGCUAAAGAUGGUUGAUAAAGCUCCUUCUAUUUCGAAGACUUUGAACAAUAAAGAAGAAAACGAGGAGAAAUCACUAGUGGACUCAAAUAAUUCGGGCACUACAGAAAUUCGUUUGAAGAAGAGAAAAUUUGGCAAACACAAAUUACCUGAGAAUCCAUUGGAAUUGAAGUUGGGUGAUGAGUUAACUAGCUCUCUAAGAGAACUGAAGCCUGAGGGUAAUUUGUUUAAAGAUCGAUUUAUCAGCCUUCAGCGUAGAGCCAUUAUUCCACCAUCAGUGCCUGCAAGCAAGCGUGCACGAUACGGUACUAAAUUGAAGGAAAAGUACAGCCACAAAGACUUCCAUCUACAAAAGACUGGUAUUUAAUUUUUUUUAAGUUUGGAUUUCGGGAUCUAUUUUUUGGGUUGGUAGCAUAGCUAUUUAAUUAUACGUUGGUUUAAUACUAUUUGGAAAAAAAAAAUUAGUGAAUACAUAACCUGGAGAUAGAGAAAGGGAGCGCAACAAAAUAAAGUAAAACUAACCUAAUUAACAUUACAUACAUUAAAAAUCCA